GUCACCUAACCAGUGUUCCUAGCCUGGCUACUCAUUAGAGCUAUCUGGGAUGCUUAGAGUGCUGAUGCCCCAGACCUCAACUUCAGGCAUUCUCAUUCAAUCUGUGGGAGGAUUAGGCCUAGACAUUGUUUUUGUAAAAGCUCCCUUGGAGAUUCUAAACCAUAGCCAGGGUUGAGAACCAUUUCCCUAAAACAAAGGGCUCAGCUUCAGCACGUAUAACCACUGAAAUACUGAUAACUAGGUCUGACCCUGGGAUUCUAAUUUUAUUGGUCUGGAAUGAGGCUGGGCGUCAGGAUUUCUAAAAGCUCCCAAGAGAUUCUAAUGUGCAGCCGGCCUGAAAAGCAGUGUCCUAGACCAACUAUUUCAUUUUGCAGAUGGGAAACUGAGGCCCACAGAAGGGAAAGUCUUUGUCCAAGGUCACACAGCAAAUGAGUGAAUGCAGAGUAUUCCUUUUCUCACACUACAGGACACAAAGCACUAGAUUCUUUUAGUGGUAUCUCUGAUCACUUGCUUCCAUACACGUGAUCUCAUCUAACUCUUACAACUUCUGCUGGGGUAGUAGGCGGUCAUCACCUCCGCCUUACAGAUGAGAAUAUCAAGGAACAAAACUGUUCAGAUGACUUGCCCAAGGUAAAGGCAAGAACCUAGAAUAACCAGUUCCUGGUCCAGCACUCUUUUAACCUCAUCCCAUUGUCAUAUUCAGGUUCUAGAAUGAACAGGUCAAUGCUGUGAGGUGGGUUUCAGGUGUAAAGAGAAGGGACUAUGAGGUAACAUUCUAGAAGGAUGGAGAGAGUAGGACAGGAGGCAGACAACUGUUCCCUCACAAAUAGGGGCUUCGGGGUAGCCAUGUCCUAUUUCAUGUCUCCACAAACUCAUCCGGGUCUUCUGCCUUCCGGCCAAGGUGAGAGAGGGGCACUUGGAACUGGAGGGAGUAUGGCAACUUCCCCCGAGAACCUGAUUCCUGGCUCUGGGGAGGUGGAGCUUCUGCUGGGUAUUUUUGGGCUGGCCCUGGAGUCAGUUCUCUUUGAAGAAAAGCCAUUCCAAAAGUCCUUGCCAAUACCUACCCACUUGCUCACUCAUUCAUUCAACAAACACUUCUCCAUCACUUAGUAUUAGGGACUGGGGGUGUGGAUAUGAGUAAAACAUAGUCCCCAACUGCUAGACAGCCGUCUUGGGCUGGUCUUAAUUGCUCCUGCUCCCAAUGAUCUGCCCCUCAGGGCCUCCACAAAGAGACCAAGAAUAACAUUCCAUCUCAUUCCUAUCUCUGCAGGUGGGGCUGCUUCUCCGGGCUCAUCCCUUGGCCUCUAUAGUCCUGCAGAGCCAAUGGUGGUGGCCUCUAGUGGACUAGGCCCACUGAGCCAGGAAGCUGAGCAGGUGGCACGUGCUGCCCAGGCCUGGAGCCCGGCCCUGGCAGUGCCAGAAGCCAGGGGCUGCCCUGGGGGGGUUGGCUGGGAGACACUGCGGCAGAAGGAGUAUGGCCGAUACUGCCACAAAUUCCCCCAUGCAAGGCAGCCGGAGAACCUGGGCUGGGAGGAUGGCUGCUCCAGCAGCAGAGAUCCCCACCGGGGUAGCCCCAGCAGGCCUGGACCCCUGCUACUGUGUGGGCUGUCACCAGGGGUUCUGCCGAUGCCCUCUGAGACAGGCGGGAAGGAAGCCAGCUCCCAGCCUGACAUCUGCAUCCUUACCCUGGCCAUGAUGAUCGCUGGCAUCCCCACCGUGCCUGUCCCAGGCCUGCGGGAAGAGGACCUGAUUCGGGCGGCUCAAGCUUUCAUGAUGGCCCAUCCGGAGCCAGAGGGGGCUGUGGAGGGGGUGCAGUGGGAGCAGGCACAAGCCCACAGAGCCUCUGGGCACAUGGCCCUAGGGAGAUCCAGGAGGGGCCAGCCUCCUGGCUCCUGCUUGUAGCUGGAUGAAAUUGCACCAGACACAUAGGGUGGCUUCUCCGUAUGGUUUUUGGGCAGACAGGGUUGGGGGUGCCUAUGGCAGGGGAGGGGAUAGGGUGGUUGUUUGAGCCACUCUGACGAACACCAGUCCUUCAUCAGGGCCCAGACACCAGGAAGUUUCUCCAGAUACCAGGAAGCCAGGAGACAGUCUUGUGAGAGUAGUAAUGAUGAAAAUUACCUGUGGUAGGGGCCCUGCUUGGAGAGUCGAGGCUUCUUUUGUAUCAUUUUGGGACCUGAUCAAAAUUCCUUGUACAAAGUCCUAGGCAAUGUGAAUUUUCCUCUUGCCUUACAUUUCCCAGCCUACUGAGUGCAGGUGAUGGGACCAUCAGCAAGGAAGGAAAAUUAACAUUUAUCUGAGCACCCACUGGGUGUCAGGCCCAUUAUAUGCCCAUUUUCCUUUAAACUUACCAAUGCUGUGGGGAUCCCCUUUUUUACAGAUGAACAAACUGAGGCUUAGAGAGGCGACUUGCCCGAAGUCUCAUAGCUAGUAAAAAGGAGAACCAGGGGCUGGCCUGGUGGCACAGUGGUUGGAUUUGCAUGCUCUGCUUCGGUGGUCUGGGGUGAAUGGGUUUGGAUCCUGGGUGCAGACCUACAGACCGUUUGU